UAAUUUUAAUAUUAAGUUAAUUGUAAUAAUCUAUUCCUAUUAUAUUUUUAAUUAGCAUGUUUUUGUAUAGAAAUUAACAAUUAAAAUACACUAUGUUAUAACUUUAAUUUUCGCGCGAUUAAUGCGAAUAAAUUCUCUAUUGCUUCAGCCAAUCAGAAAGCUUCUAAGGUCCAACGGUUAGACAAAUCAUAUGUAUGGCGUCAGUUCGCUGUCAAGAAUCGUGGGAAGAGUGCACGUUAAACCGGCAUAUACAGAUUAUCAUUUAAUUAUUGGAAUGGCUUCAAAAGUGCAAUAGGUUAUGCACAUGUGAUGACUUUUAUCCAAAUAUGCUUUUUUGAAAAAAUGAUCGUGACGUCAUAUCACUCUCGAUAUUCGAUUUUUUAUCGAUAUAUCGAACAAAUCGUUGAUGAAAUCGCGGCGCAGAAUAUCGUUUUAUUAAAAAUCAUGGCGUUUGGCUGCUUUUCAGAAGUUGAGUGGCAGUUGAUUAAGAACUAUCAAGAUAAAAAUUUCAAUAUGGAUGCCAUAAUGAACAUUUUUACAUGUUCAUUCUUCAAUAGACACAAUCGAAUGAGAAAUCUUGUAACCGCGUGCAAUGCGGUCAAUAGAGUCAGUGUUUACUUCGUAAUAGUAUUUUCAAUACUUUUUAGAAUAUAGCUAUUCUAAUUCAAUUUAAUUAAAUAAUAGUAACUCGCGAAAUUAGAAUCAG